GGUUGUCUCUCUUUGUGGCCCAGUGCAGAUGAAUGGAAUCUGAUGUACAGUGCUGAGGGGGAGGCAUAAGGGAGUCAGAGGUACUUUGACUGACUGCCUCUCGGUAACUUUCUGCAACGUGGAAUUUAAAGAUUCCUCCCAUUUCUACCGGCAACCUCACAGCUCAGAAAUGAAGAAAGACCUGUUUCUAUUCUGCUUUUUGGUCUCUGCACUGGCUGCUUAUGUACAAAGUAAGCCUCAUGGAAAAAAUCAGCAUGUCAAAAACAACCCAACUCCACAAGAGCAGUCAGUGAAGCUUCUUGACAGUAAGGAUGGAGUUCUGCCCACAUUUCUGCCUUUUGAGUCCAGCUCUCAGGAUGAGGACAUGAGUGAAGAGAAGGAAAGCCAUGUGGAGAUGAAGCAAGCGGGGGCAGAAGAGCUUGAAGGUUCAGAGGGUGGUGAGAAGAAUACACCUUUGCUCCUAAGUGAGGAGGCACUGACUCAACUCCUGCAGGUCUCAGAGGAGGCGGAGGAAACCAUGGAGGAGGAUGAAGGUGAUGAUGACAGUCCAGAAAAAGACAAAGAAGUUAAGGAGACUGAGGAGGAGGGAAAGGAAAAGGGAGAAUCUACAAUGGAGAAUGAAGAUGUAACUGAGAAGAGUGAAGGUGAGGAUGCAAAUGAGACCGACAGCAGUACUGAGUCAGAAAUACCAAUGGAUUUGGACUAUGCAGCUGACCGUGAUGCGUCACAGCCACUAUCCAUCAAGCUAGAGGAGACCAAAGCUUCAACCAUCAACACUAUGGAAAAAGAUGUGGCGGAAACAAUCGAAGAUGUGAUCCCCACAGCCACAAUGGACUAUGAUUCCCUGCAAUCCAUCAACGACCCAGGGAACAUUGCAGAGGAACGGGAAGUGCCAGCAGAGCAAACACAAGAUGAGCUGAAAGAGCCUUUUCAAGACUCCGAGAAUGACAAUGAAAAAAAGAAGAGUGAUCAACAGGAUGAGAAGGGCAGCAUCGAACCUGAGACCACUAUUCUUUCUAGUGGCAAGAAGGCAAAGAAAGAGAAGAAGAAGCAGAAGAAUGAAAGCAAUACACAUGGAAAGGCCAAAGCCAAGAAGCAGCGAAACAACCAGCAGCUGGAGAAGAUGCAGAGUGACCAAGCCAGUGCAAUGGAAGCCAAUGAGGAACGUGCACAGAGGCAAGACCCAGAAAAAGUGGCGGAGCCCACUGAAAACACAGAGCCUAAAUCCAAAAAGAAGAAUAGGAAAUGGACUCGUUUGGUGGGGAUGAAUCCUGUACAGAUUAGGGCCACUAUGGAGCUUUACCCUGACAUUCGGCCCAGCAGACAGGGGGAGCCAGCUGACCCCUGUGAGAACUUUCGGUGUAAAAGAGGAAAGACAUGCAAAAUGAACGAUGAGAACAAGCCCGUCUGUGUGUGUCAGGAGCCGUCAGAAUGUCCUCCCAGUGUAAAUGAUUUUGACAAUGUUUGCGGAACUGACAAUAAGACAUAUGACACAUCCUGUCAGCUCUUUGCCACCAAGUGUAGCCUUGACGGGACCAAAAUAGGCCACAGACUUCACCUGGACUACUCUGGGUCCUGCAAAUUUAUUGCUCCAUGUCUAGAGUCAGAGCUGGUGCAGUUCCCGCUGCGUAUGCGGGAUUGGCUGAAGAACGUGCUUCUGCAGUUAUACGAGCACGACUCCAUGUCUCCUGGCUUUCUCACAGCUAAACAAAGAAUCAGGGUUCAGAAGAUCUAUGAGAGCGAGAGGCGUCUUCAUGCAGGCGAUCACCCCGUCGAGCUUCUACAGCAGGACUUUGAGAAGAACUACAACAUGUACAUCUAUCCAGUGCACUGGCAGUUUGCACAAAUGGACCAACAUCCUUCAGACAGGAUUCUUUCUCACUCUGAGCUGGCUCCUCUGCGCGUUCCCCUGGUUCCCAUGGAGCAUUGCACCUCUGUCUUUUUCCAAAAGUGUGAUGCUGACAAGGACAAACUAGUCUCCUUCAAAGAGUGGUGCAGCUGCUUUGGCAUUAAAGAAGAGGAUAUGGAUUCUAAUCUGCUGUUCUGAGCAUCUCUGAGCUGCAAAAGGAGCAACUGAAGGUUGUGUUUUCUUUGAAGAAAGAUAUAGAUAAUCCUGGAGGUCUGUUUGUUCAGUGAAAUGGUACAGUUUUUUUAAUGUGUAAUGAUCAUGAUGGACAAGAAUAUCUAAAACUCUUUUAUUUUGUAUGCAUUAUAUUGUGUAGCAUGUUGGU